AUGUGGAAUAAGGUUAUCCACAGACUCACUAAUUCACUCUUUGUAUUUUCUUUCCUUCUUUCUUUCUUUCUAUCUAUCUCAGCCUAUUCAUAUCUAUCUAUCUAUCUAUCUAUCUAUCUAUCUAUCUAUCUAUCUCAGUCUGUUAAUAUCUCUCUCUAUCUAUCUAUCUAUCUAUCUAUCUAUCUAUCUAUCUAUCUCAGUCUGUUAAUAUCUAUCUAUCUAUCUAUCUAUCUAUCUAUCUCUUUCUCUCAGUCUGUUAAUAUCUAUCUAUCUAUCUAUCUAUCUAUCUAUCUUUCUAUCUCUUUCUCUCAGUCUGUUAAUAUCUAUCUAUCUAUCUAUCUAUCUAUCUAUCUAUCUCUUUCUCUCAGUGUGUUAAUAUCUAUCUCUGUCUAUUCAUAUCAAUCUAUCUCAUUCUGUUCAUAUCUAUCUUUCUACCUAUUUUCUUUUGUUCAUAUCUAUCUAGGUAGCUUGCUAUGCGUCAUUACCCCAGUGUUUUCUUUUUUCUUUUCUUUUUUUUUUUCUUUUUUUUUUUAA